GGAUACUGUUGCAGGGUAAAACAAUCUCUGCCGACUCCAGUGUUCUCCGAUGCGGAGGUGCCCGUAACCCAUCUUGCGGUUAACUUCCAAUGGCGCGACCGGACAGACGCAUCAAUCUAGCGGUCGCCAGGGCCAUUCCUCCUUUUUUACUGUGUGUCUUCAUCUAUGCAUCCUAUCUGGUCACUAAGCCUUUAUGCAUCGACUAUCUGAUUCAUCCUCUUUCCAAGUAUGACCGCGGCAGUCGCACUGGCGCUGGAAUCGUCAUCCUCGUCAUAUACUACAUUCUCCUUCUCAUUGUUCUGAUUACAUACUCGCGACUCUUGCAUACCGUGACCUGGAACGCUGGACUACUGGCGCGAAGAACCUCUUCACCAGUAGACAAUGAGUGUGCGCCGCCUCAGUCAUCAGGUCGCCAUCAUCGAAAGAAGAAGAAGCAUCGACGGCAUAGAAGUGCAGAAAAGGCUGACGCAAUAGACAGGGAUGUGGAGAGUGGAGCCGAAUCGACUGCUGAUGUAGAGACCACACCUUGGGACACACAUGGAUUGGAGGAAUUUUAUACCAAAGAUGUUUUUGUUUGCCAGCCGGAUGGCCGGCCUUUAUAUUGCUCUACGUGUUGUCAUUUCAAGCCCGAUCGGACUCAUCAUUGUCGAGAGGUCGACAGGUGUGUUCGCAAAAUGGACCACUUCUGCCCAUGGGUCGGAGGAGUGGUUGCUGAAACAUCCUUCAAAUUCUUCAUUCAAUUCGUGUUCUAUACUAUGUUAUACUGCGUCUUUUGCUUAAUUAUUUGUGCAGUGUUCACUGCCGAGAUCAGAAGCCAGGUCGGAGGGACAAAUCCUCACCUGGCCGUUGGAAUUGGCUUCUCUGUGCAACUCGCCAUGCUCAAUCUGACGACAAUCGAAAAUAUCAAUCGUCGAUCCGCUGUAUGGACCUUGGCUAUUCGCGUGCCGAAACAUCUGCUUAAUAGACUCAAUCCUGGCUCUCGAUGGGCCCCAACCUUUCGCACCAUUACCUACCCUUUACCUCCCAUGCCACUCACGGAUGAAGCACAAGUGGACCAUCAACCGGCCGGCGAAAAGCAUGUUUUCGCGAUCCUCCAAACAUUGCCCGGAGAGAACCCCUUUGACCUCGGUAGUUAUUUCAAGAAUCUCCAACAGGUGUUGGGCUACAAUGUUAUCGACUGGUUUCUGCCCCUCAAGCAGAGUCCGUGUGCAGUGCGUAAGGACUCCACUAGUUUCUUCGAACUUGGUCCAGUGGUGUCACGAUUGAAGCGAGAGGCCGGACUUGAAAAGUCCGAUUCGGAUGAGACUCGUUGCUGACAGGAGCUUGACUCGAAACAAUUGAGAUUGUAAAACAAGACAAAAAAAAAAGGAAACAGGGUUUCCAACACUCGAGUCUCAAGAUUGGAUAGGUUGAAUCUAAGGUCGACUUGACACUGCACAUGUUAUAUCCAUUCCCCUCAUUUGCGGGUUAGACAGAGGC